GCAUUAUGCAGGAAGAAGUCAACAGUCAGUAUGCCAGAUGCACUCCUCAUCAACACACCCAUAUCCGUCUGUAUAUGACUAUUUUUGGUUUUGUGUUGAGAUUUAUUAGAGAAUAAUAUUUUUACGUGGAACUGAUGUCCAUGAAGCUGUUAUCUCGAAAGUAACUGGUGGAACACGGAUUAAAACAUUCGAAAAGAUGGACGACAUUGACGCCAUGUUCAGCGACCUGCUGGGGGAGAUGGACCUCCUCACUCAGAGUCUCGAACAGGAAACGGAACCUCCCCACUCUCUCCCCACCACCAACACAGAAGUCAACUUCUCCAUCGGCUUCACUGACCUGAAUGAGUCUCUCCAUGAACUGGAGGACAAUGAUUUGGAUGCGCUCAUGGCUGAUUUGGUGGCUGACCUCAAUGCAACUGAAGAGAAAAUUGCUGCAGAGAUAGAAGGUCUGAAGGUGCCGCCACAGCCCUCGUCAGGCCUGCCGCCACCACCACCCACAGGCCUCAGCACCCACCCUGCCUCUAUGUACGCUUCACCAGUAUCCCCGGCGAGCAGCACAAGCAGCAAUGUUAGCACCCCAGCCUCUUCUGCUGCUUCCCCUUUACCACCUCCGCCUCCUCAGUCUACAAAGCCUUCAAAGGAGGAACUUGAGGCUCAGAUGAAAGCAGACAAAAUCAAGCUUGCUCUUGAGAAGCUCAAGGAAGCUAAAGUGAAAAAGUUGGUGGUGAAGGUGCUCAUGAAUGACGGCAGCUCCAAAACUCUGAUGGUCGACGAGAGGCAGACCGUCAGGGACGUUUUGGACAACCUGUUUGAAAAGACUCACUGUGACUGCAAUGUGGACUGGAGCUUGUGUGAGACCAACCCCGAACUGCAACUUGAACGGGCAUUUGAAGACCACGAGAACCUUGUGGAGCCACUCUCAGCGUGGACGAGGGACAGCGAGAACAAAGUCCUCUUUAAAGAAUGCAAAGAAAAAUAUGAGGUUUUUAAAAACCCACAGAACUUUUAUCUGUGGAAAAAGGAUAAGAGAGCUCUCAAAGAUAUAAAAGACAAGGACAAGGAGAUAUUGAUACAGGAGAACUUCUGCGGGACUUCCAUCAUUGUGCCCGAUCUCGAGGGGGUGCUGCACCUCAAAGAAGACGGCAAGAAGUCCUGGAAGCAGCGGCUCUUCCAGCUGAGGGCCUCGGGAAUUUAUUACGUGCCCAAAGGGAAGACCAAGUCGUCCCGUGACCUCGUCUGUUUUCUCCAGUUCGACAACGUAAAUGUCUACUAUGGCAAAGACUUUAAGAACAAAUACAAGGCCCCAACUGACUUCUGCUUUGUUCUGAAGCAUCCUCAGAUCCAGAAGGAGUCUCAGUACAUCAAGUACCUGUGCUGUGAUGACGCUUGGGCCAUGAAUCUUUGGGUGACUGGAAUACGGAUUGCAAAGUACGGUGCGUCAUUGCAUGAAAACUAUAAAACUGCUGAGAAGAAGGCAGCUGUCAACUCUGUGUGGACGAACCGCAGCACUCCAUCAAGCUCCAACCAGUCAACGCCCUCACCCACCAUCAAAGCCAAAUCACCGAGCCAAGCUAACGGUCAUGCUCCCAAGCCCCAACCAGAGCCUGUAUCUAAGGACUUUGGAAAUGUUCCGCCUCCACCUCCACCCCCAUCUUCAACUGAGAUCCUUCCACCACCACCUCCUGACCCAUUGUUACCUCCCCCACCACCUCCUUUGGCUGCCAAGAAUUCCUCAAAACCUGCUGCCGCCCACCAUCACCUGCCAACCAAAUUUCCUCCACCUCCACCUGCAAUGGACUACCUCCCUCCUCCACCCCCACCUCCACCCACUGAUGACCUCUCAGAGGCCCCACCAGACUUCCUUCCACCUCCUCCUCCAGCCACAGGCUUUGGUUCACUGCCACCUCCUCCACCAUCGCUGAACUCUCUACCACCACCGCCUCCUCCUUCUUUCAGGGAUAUGGACAUGUCUCUGCCUCCUCCGCCACCAGAUCCAGGGUUUCUACCACCUCCUCCACCUCAGCCAAUGUUCACAGGGGCUGGAGCACCCCCUCCACCUCCACCGCCUCCUCCACCUGCAGCUGUGGCUGCCCCAAGUGCCCCAAGGCCGGUGGUGCGGCCCUCUGGAUCAGUGAAGAAGAUGCCUCCUGCUCCGCCAAAGAGGACUACACCAUCACUGCAAGGAGGAGGUGGAGGAGGUGGAGACUUCAUGUCAGAACUGAUGAUGGCCAUGCAGAAAAAACGUAGUGAUCAUUAG